GUCCUAUCGGUGAGGCUGUGAGGGUUUAUGUUUUACUGCGGUGUCUCCUUCACUUCGCCCUCCAGCUAGAGAGAUUUGUCGUCGCUGUGGGACGCCAUAGUCAACCAAAAGAGUAAAACUUUGCACUGCAUUACAUUUCCACUUCAUCUUUUAUCCGUAGCAUGGCUGUUCCUCCAUCGUAUAGUGACCUCGGCAAAUCUGCCAAAGACAUCUUCAGCAAAGGAUAUGGUUUUGGUCUUGUGAAGCUUGAUGUGAAAACCAAAUCUGCAAGUGGAGUGGAAUUCAAAACGUCUGGUUCCUCCAACACUGACACCAGUAAAGUUAAUGGGAGUCUUGAAACCAAAUACAAGUGGUCAGAGUACGGACUGACCUUUACAGAGAAAUGGAAUACCGACAAUACCCUCGGAACAGAAAUUACCAUUGAAGAUCAGAUUGCCAAAGGCGUGAAGUUGACUUUCGACACAACAUUCUCACCAAACACUGGCAAGAAAAGCGGGAAGGUGAAGACGGCGUACAAGCGUGAAUAUGUCAACCUCGGCUGCGAUGUGGACUUUGACUUUGCUGGUCCAGCCAUCCAUGGUGCCGCUGUGGUCGGCUAUGAAGGAUGGCUUGCUGGCUACCAAAUGACCUUUGACACAGCCAAAUCUAAAUUGACCCAGAACAACUUUGCUGUUGGUUACAAGACCGGGGAUUUCCAGCUGCAUACCAAUGUUAAUGACGGCACAGAGUUCGGUGGCUCGGUUUACCAGAAAGUGAGCGACAAACUGGAAACCGCCGUCAACCUGGCGUGGACCGCGGGCAGCAACAGCACACGCUUUGGCAUCGCUGCCAAGUACCAGCUAGACAGAAGCUCCUCCAUUAGCGCUAAAGUGAAUAACGCCAGCCUAGUUGGAGUUGGAUACAGCCAAACCCUGCGGCCAGGUGUGAAGCUGAACUUGUCUGCCCUAAUUGAUGGGAAAAGCAUCAAUGCUGGUGGUCACAAGCUGGGGCUGGGUUUGGAGCUAGAAGCAUAAGGGUCUGCUGGGGCUAAUGUCAAUGAAGGGGAAUAUCUGAAGAAUUCGGCCUUAAGUUCAUUUCCAACUGGACCAGCAUGGGAUUUCCUCCAAGGGCUGUUGCAGCACCGAGAUGCGUGACUCUGUAGUACUGUUAGAUGAAAUGUGAGCUGAUCUCCACACAUUCGGUUUGUAUUUGAAGAUGCAGCAAAGUUGUGAUAGGGUGAUAAUUCGUACUUCAGAGAGUAACCCAGAUUCCGUCUCCUACUCUCCAAAUGAAAUGCACUUUUAUAAAAUGUUGACACCUGUACAUGGUUUUGCUUGUUUCCAAAACUUGGUGAAAUCGAUGUUGGUUAUGGACUGGGGCCUAGCUGCUGUCUAAUAAUACUACAGUGUUCUUAAUGUGGUCUCCGGUUGUUUAAGAACUGGAAUGUAAACCAAUGUUAUGAAGCACUCCCACAAAUGUGUAUUUAUCUUUAUUUACACACAGGUCCUGCUUUAAGUACAUAUAUUUGCCCGGUUAAUCUCCAUUCUUGCUACACUUUCUAAUGCAUAGUUUUAUAUACAGCUAACCUCCCCUCCCAAAUUGUGUUGUUUGGGGGGGGGGUGGUUGCUAUUUAUUUAAGUAGGGUGCUUAUUUGUGGAUCUGGUAAGGUUGCCUUCACAAACUAAAUUUGAGUUUAUGUUCUAUGCAAAGAAUUGAAAUUUCUGGUGCAGAGCGAUGCCCUAAUGGCACUUAUGGAAUUCUCUACUAGAUUGGUAAGUGUCUCUCUACCAACAUGUCAUUGACUGGUUAAGAUGUUGCUGGCAAACUUCGGACGUCCUCUUAUGUUAUGUCGAGCUUUUGAAUAAAGACUUUGACAUCAAACCCAA